AUGCGAACGGGAAAGAUAAGCCAAAGUGAAAAGGAGUCAGCAGCGUAAAUUCCCACUAGCCAAUCUCUUUCCUGAGAUAAAAAAAAAAAAAAAAAAAAAAAAGUUACAUAAAAUAAACAACGUAACAGCGGCAAAUCGGCAUAUGCUACCAGAAAAGCCAUGAAAAAGGAAAAAAAAAUAGAAGCCCUCUCUUUUGUGUCAACCCCACAGUAGUUACUCUUAUAACUGCAGAAGGUAAGCACAUAUAUAUAAUAUGUUCCCCAGCCAGAUGCAGGGCUAUUUAAUAAAAGGCCCCAACGCACGUUAAAGCAACGAAGCAGGAAAACGGUUGGUCAAAGGGGGGAUAUCCUUAAGGGGUCCUUUCAGCUUGCGCGCUUGCUACGGUGAGUGUACAUCCCAGUCUCGCUGUGCAAGAGCUGGAGCGCCCAGAUUCCUGCGUGCGCCAGUGUUAAAGCGGCAACUCCUGAAGAGGAAUUCGCAAGGCGUACAGGUAGCUGUAUCCGUAGCCGCUUUGCCCCACCCCUAGGUGAGUAGGAAAGCGCCCGAGGAAAAAGAGUACUCCUCCCGCUUUGAAGCCCCCCCUCACACAGCAUAAUCAAACAAACCGGUUGACAAAAUGAGCGUACAGGAGGAAACCCCCAGUGCCGAAAAAACCAACGAUGAAAAAACGAAUGACAAGUCGACGAACGAGGGGGUGAAGGGUGCACCCGCCGAGCAGGAGCAGAAGAAAGAGGACACUAAGGUGGAAGGUAAAGAUGAUCUGAAAAGUGAAAGCAAAGAUGAUGCCAAAAGUGAAGGCAAAGAUGAUGCCAAAAGCGAAGGCAAAGGCGAUGCCAAGAGCGAAGGCAAAGAUGCUCUGAAAAACGAGGGAACAAACGACGCGAAGGGCGCAGCCGGCGGGGAGGACGUCAUGAACAUGCUGCUGAACUACCUGCAGAGGAACAAGGACGACCCCAAAAUCAUGCAAACCAUGCUGAGCAUGAUGAGCGGGCAGGGCAAAGACGGCACCGCGGGGGAAGGAGACAAAAAAACGGAGGAGAAAGAGGCGGGAAAGAAGAAAGACGAAGAGGCAGCACAAACAGAUGGUGCCCAAAAAACUGAGGAAGUGAAACAGACGGGAAACAAACUGCUAAACCUGUUUAGCACCAAAAUUGAAAAAAACGUUUUUCCCACGUUCAGCUUUUCCAGCGGAUUAAACAGCACGGGGAAUGGCGCAAAGGAGGGACCUCCCAGCGCAGGAAGCAUUUUCGGAGACGGAAAAAAAAGUUUCUUUGCCGAAUUUGGCGAAGAUAAAAACCGAAACGUCAGUGCGAGCAACAAGUUCCCCUUUAGCGGAUUCAGCGGGUUCGGUGGCACCCCCUUUGGCAGCGGGAAGAAGAACGAAGACGGGGCCGCCACACAGGGGGAAACAGCCCACGGAAUCUUCACCAAGGGAACGGGCGCAGCAGGUGCCAGUGAAAGCAAUGAGAAGGAGGAGGAAGAAGCUGAAAAGAGCAGCACCGUGGUGAAGAAGAAAUUCGAAACUCUGGUCAACGACGACGAUGAUUACAUUAUAGAAAACGCAGAUACGAAGGAGCCACUCGAAGAAGAAGCAAUCUCCUUGAUAGAAAAUAUGAACCUAGUCAAUAGCAAUGAGAAGGAGAGGAAGCUAACCAAUUUCGAUUUCAGCAAAGCGUUAAGCAAUGAUAAUAACGAAGAAGUGAGAGACAUUAAGCUGUAUCGCUCGAGAAACACAUGGGAAGAAUUAAACAUAGACAAUGACCUUAUACAGAUUCUCACGUAUUUAAAAUUUUUUGCCCCUUCGAAAAUACAAGGGUUGGCUCUUCCCUACAUUUUAAAUAGCGAUAAGAAUUUAAUAGCGCAGGCGCAAAAUGGGUCAGGAAAAACACUCACCUUUGUCAUUUCGAUGCUGUCCAAAAUUAAUAGAAACCAAGGGGUGCUGCAAGCCAUGUGUAUCUGUCCAACGAGGGAACUCGCUCAACAGAAUUAUGAAGUUGUGGGGAAAUUCACCAAGUACCUAACGGUGAAAGUAUUCCUAGCUGUACCGCUCUGCGAAAGAUUUAAUAAAAAUGCAGGCUUCCAAAUAUACGUGGGAACCCCAGGAAAGACGCUGGACUAUUUGAAGAGGAAAUAUGUAGACACUAAGCAUGUGUCCAUUUUUGUACUAGACGAAGCUGAUGAUUUAAUUGAUAUAAAAAAUAAUAUGUCAUCCCAAGUGGAAAGUAUCAAAAGGUUUUUACCAAAGCGUUGCCAAAUUCUUCUCUUCUCCGCUACGUAUAAUGAAGAGGUACGAACCUUCGCCGAUAGGUUUGCCCCUCGUGCAUCUAAAAUAAGUGUCCGUCAGGAGGAUUUGACGUUAAAGUGUGUGAAGCAGUAUUAUCUCCUCACGGAAAAUGACGAGCAGAAGUAUUACUACCUAUCUGAGUUAUACUGCUCCAUGAGCAUUUCCCAGUGCGUCAUUUUUGUGAAUUCUAAAGUUUCGGCUUAUAGUCUCUACCAGUAUAUGACGGAGCGUGGCCAUAAUGUAACUCUCAUUUGCGCCGAUAGUGUGAUCAGCAGGUUUACACGAAAUCAAAUACAAAAGGCGAAUGUGCUGGGUAUGGACCCCAAAACGAGGGAUACCCUUAUGUCCGAUUUUAAGAGUGGCGUCUCGAAGGUUCUAAUCUGCACAGAUUUGCUCUCCAGGGGGAUUGACGUCCCCACCAUCAGCUUGGUCAUCAAUUUUGAUCUCCCCUACGUCUACCAAGGGAGAAUUUCAGACAACUAUGGAAACGGUUUCUCCAACAGGAAGGUGAACAUGGAAACGUACAUCCAUCGUAUCGGACGGACGGGAAGAUUCGGCACCAAAGGAAUGGCCAUCAAUUUUAUAAGCAAAAGUCAGCUCGUUCAUAUUAAGCAAAUAGAGCAGUUUUACCAGUGCGUCAUUUCGGAUUUGGAAAUCGAUUCCGAGCUGAUGAUUUCUUCCUCCAAGGGGGGGUAG